AUGGGUGUAUACGGAGGUCUAGGGCCAAUGACCAAUGCGGUCCUUUGGGUGGAGGUCGUUAUCUUCGCUAUCUUCGUCGGGCUGAGACUAUAUACGCGGAAAUGCCUUCUGAACGCCGUUGGUAUUGAUGAUUAUCUCGUUGUUCUUGCGCUGAUUGUUCAUAUCCUUUACACCGUAUUCGUCACCAUAGGAACUUACUACGGUCUCGGACAACUUUAUGCAACUGUUGGGGACCCGGACACCUAUUUCACGGCUGUGAAGUACGAACUAUUCAGUCAGGUUGCUGGCCUCGCGGUCAUUGGAAUUGGAAAGGCAGCCGUCGGCGUUUUUCUACUUCGAAUCGUGAGGAAUAAAAUCCAGAUUGGAUUUAUCUGGGCCUGCAUCGUGAUUACAGCCAUCAUCACAACUUUCGCGUGUAUCACCGUUAUAGUGCAGUGUGUGCCGGUGCAGAAGACUUGGGAUCCGAGAACACCGGGGUAUUGCUGGCUUGAUUUCUCCAGGGUUGGAUACACUGUUGGAUCAUGGUUCGUUGGUGCCGACUUCUCCUUUGCGAUACUCCCGUGGUUCGUUGUCUGGGAUCUCAACAUGAAACAGAAGGAAAAGAUCACCGUUGCUUGCGGCCUCAGUCUUGGUGUUUUCGCUGGAAUAUGUGGCAUCGUCCGCACUGUAGCCUUGUCAGGCUUGAACGCAUCCGAGUACAUCUAUGAUACCGUCCCCAUGCUCAUCUGGUCCGCCACCGAAAGCUGCGUCACAAUCAUGUGCUCGUCAAUUCCCGUUCUCCGUCCUCUCUACAUCCGUGUGCGGUACGGAAAGGAUGGUAAGAGCGGCUCCUCCGGGAACACACCAUAUAAACUACCGUUGUAUGGGAGUGGUAGAAAAUACGGCAAACUCUCAAUUUCUGGCCCCGAACAUUCUACCCUCAACUCAGAUGGCAGCCCUUACCAGAAGACUGUCAUCUCUUACAACACGAAGAAUACUAGCGAUGAGACUAUUAUGCGGAGCACUGGGGGUAUCGCGAGGACGGAUGAGAUUUCGGUUAGCUAUGAACAAUAUGGUAAACAGGGAUAG